AUGCUCCGCCGCAAGCCUACGGCCAUUACGAUAACACCCGAAGAUAUUGCAACUUUUGAAGAGGCACGGCUGCGCAGAACUCUGGAAAAUAAACACCCGGACCAAGGGAAGACCAACUCCAAUCCCAACUUCGAUCCAAGCGAUGAAUUGAAACCGCUCCCGGGCGACAAAGCGCGAAUAGUUCGAUCUCGCGAGGAAAGGAUCGGACUCGGUCGACGUGGUUGA